GUCACGGAUGAGCAGCUGAGUAUUUUUGCCAACAUGCCAGACUUAUUGCUCUUUUUGCUUGAAAUUCUCUAUCAAUACGUGGCCAUCAACAAUCCCAAGAAGCAAGAAUGA